CAACCUCGUACAAUUCCCACAUAGUAGUUUGUGGGCCACACAAACAUAACUUGAAUUCUUGAACUCUUCAACAACUACCAUUGUGCACAAACCAGACAAAAUCAUAGAAUCAUACUUUCAUUACCUAUAUCGUUGGUCCUAACCUUAGUCUCUUUUCGCACACACCUCAUUGAAUAUUCGCGCUUCUAACCUGAUCUGCCUUCAUUUCAUGAUAAUCAGGCUUUGCAAUUUAUUAGGAUCUCUUCGAGUUUUUGUAUGUUUUUUUCUUGGGUGUCGAGUUGUAUCUGGCUCAGAUAGGAGCUGACUGACGUUAUUGGGUUCUUUUUAUAAUCUCCUAUUAUAAGAGAAAGAGGAUUCGAAAGGAGAGAUUGAUAAGGGGGACUAAGGGGUAAUUCCUCUGCCAAAAUCUGCCUAGGACUUGUACCUGGUCUCAUCUCUUAUUUCAUUAUACGAUACCCAAUCUGGUAGGGAAGAUCCUUUUCCUAGUAGGAAGAGAUGGAAUUGCUGGUCUUUUGCUUCCGGUAGAGCCGGAGUAUUUUUCACUGAUGUUAGGUGCACUCCCCAGGUCGUAGUCAGAUUGUCCGUGAAGGCAACAGAUAAGCACAUUCAUGCAUUUGGGCCAGUUAGCCUCCGUGGCUCAAAUCAAACAAAGUUAAAGGAUACACGUUUUAAAAGCUCAAGCCGUUGAAUAGUAAUAGAGCCCUCACCAGCGAACUGCAGCCAGGUCACAGGCUUUGCAGAGUGGUGGAUUUCAGUGGCAGAUGUUUUAAGACCCACUUCCCCGGAGAGGUCGGCAUGUGCUCAAACCAGUGAUGGCUGUGGCAGCUUUUAAAUCAACUUCUAAAAGAUCCUUAGUUGGGCCACGAGAAAGGAGUGCGGCCACAACAGACAAAGGAAGAUCAGAUUCCUCUCAAAAUGGAGCCCACAGGAGAUCAAGGAGCAAUGAUGCUUCAGAUAAUUUUUCUCAAUCCUCCUCAUCAGCAGACAUUCUUCUGAAUGGCCAAAUGGAUUUUGGAAGCACGACACUAAAUCCCCUUUUUAGAGGAUCCACAGUACUUGAAGAAGCCUCCAGACUCCUAGAGCAAAGCAAGGGGGAUUCAAGUCAAAGAAGAGGGAGAUCAUUGUCUCGUAUUAGACCUAAUGAUGUCAAUAACUGUCAAUCUGAGGCUGUAAAUGAGCAGAGGAGAGGACGUUCAGUGUCUCGGAACCACUCCAUUCAUCCUCAAACUACAUCUAAUCAGAAGGCUAAUGCAGCUAGUGAACGAAGAGGAAGAUCUCUAUCUUGUUGCAAACAUUACGAAUCAGAGAGUGACAUGGAUCAAGCGUCUAGUAGGAUGGGGCAAGGUCAAGUCAAAAACAUUGGCAUUGUUGAAAAUAAAAGAUACAAUCGAAAUAAGCCCGCCAGAGAUCAAGUCAACCUGCAGCAGGGGUUACGGAGAUGCUCAAAUCAACAAAAUGUUUCAGAAUCCUUGGAUGGCUAUUCUAGCUGUGUCUCAUCAGUGACUGAUAAUGAAAAGUCAUCUAUACAUCCAGAUGUUUGUGUGGAAGAGAAGACAAUCAAAUCUGUUUGUGAACAGAUAAAGAGUGAUCAUCCUACUGGAGACACAGAUGCUUCAGGACUAAAUGAAGCUAUUCGAUCAGAAGUCCAGCGUGCUGUUGCUGAAAUUAAAUUUGACCUUGAACAAGCCAUUGAAAAGAAGAGCCCAUCACCACCACCUCCCAGUGGGUCCAUCAGUGCACCCCAGUUUAAGAGUAAAGAUGACAUAAGGGAAGAAUAUAUUGCACAGUUGCUGCAGUCAGAAAAACGUGCAAGGGAUCUGUGGGCACAGUUUGCAGAGGAAGAGAAGCGUUGCCAGGAGCUUACGAAAAUUGUGAAGAACUUACUUCCAGAUCCACAAUUGUCUCAAAAUCAAAAACCAUCGCGAACACGAAAAAAUAGUGCAGAGCGGCGGAAGAUGUCUAAACGCUUGACAGAAGCAGCAGAAAAUUAUUUUGAUGAGUGUGUCUCUAUAUCCACAUUUGAAGAUUCAGAGAUGUCGUCCUUGGAAGAAUUAGAGAAUCACUCGCCUGCUCAGGAUGUUAGAAGAGAAAAAGAAAGAAGUUAUAUGGGAUCAACUCAAGACAUUUCAUCAUACAAGGUAGCUGAUGGCACUUUUUACUCUCAACAGUUUCCAGUUCAUCUAGAAACUGAUGGAGUAGCUCUACCCAAUCUGAAUUGUGAAACAAAUUAUAACCUUACAACACUUAACAGACAAAAUUCAGAAAUAACCUCAGAUGAAGCAGCAAAGAAUGCUAGAAUUGAACAUAGCAAAAGCAACAGAAGCAGCAGUGAUGGUCGCACUAGUAAGGGCAAAAGCUUGCAGAAUACAUCGGACUUCAGUCAAAGGAGCAUUGAAAGUAAAAUGUCUUUCUCAACAAGGAAUCAUGCAGACAAGACAAAGAACAAGAAUUUAGAAAAAAAAGUGCAAAGCUUUGGAAAUGCAACUCAAGAAGGUAGUAUGAAAAGUAGGUUUGUUGAGUCUAGCUCAAGCUAUCAGGAUGAUGAAUUUUUGUCGCGUGCAUACAAUGAUGCUAUCCUCAUUGAAAAUCUUAAGGUCAAGAGCAUAAUUGAUUUUGGAGGUCUCCUUCUGUGCAACAAGCUACAUAUUUGAGAUUUUGUAAUUUUAAAUGGUAAUAAAUAUUUUGUGCUUGCAAUCCGAUUAAAGAGAAGAAGAAAUGAAGCAAUUAUCUUUCUGAA